CACGCAGCAUGGGCCGGACAGCAUUCACAGCUGGUGCACGGCGGGCGCCUGUGCCUUGUCAGCCUUCUUCGCUCUGGCCCCGUUGCGGGCCUUCGGCGUCCUUUUCGUGGCCAUUAUGCAGGAGUUCGGCGCCAACAGAGAAGAGGCCUCGUGGACAAUCAUGCUACUGGGUGGUGGGAGAGUGCUGUCGGGUCUGCUGGCUGGUCCCCUUGCGCACCGUUUCACGACAAGGCCGGUCAUUCUCUUGGGCAGCAUCAUUUCAGCUGGAGGCGUCAUGCUGGCCUACUUCGCUACAAACAUGUGGAGCCUACACCUUACGCUAGGCAUUGUUCAUGGUUUCGGCUCUGGAAUUGUGUAUGCUAUGAACCCUGUGCUGAUCAGCGAACACUUUGUGAAGUACCAAACGAUGGCUACGGGUGUGUGCUUUGCCGGCUCCACGCUAGGCAGCUUCGUCUUCCCCAAACUAAUUGAGAAGCUGAUCGCAUGGUACGGCUUCCAAGAAGCAAUGCUAAUCUUCGGCGCUGUCAUCUUGAAUGCGGCUGCCUUCAGCCUCUUCCUUCGUCAACCCCACUGGCUCAAGCGAUGCGGCACUUCGGUGGAGUCACUCAUCACUGUGGAUAGCACUGACGAGAAGUCUUCGGCGCAGCUGCCUUACGUCAUUCCUGUGGGUCGAGAUACAGAUUCCAAGGACCCUGAAGCCAAAACACGUUUGGAUCAAGCCGUUGUAGUCGUGCAUGAACACCGUAGAAAUAUCUCCCUGCUGUGCGGUUUGGACGUGCUGCAGAUUCCCAUGUUGUAUCUAGUCAUGUUCUCCUCCGUGGCCUUCAACCUCGGCUACGAUUGCUACAACUCGCUGCUGGUUGACUUCGCCGUAGACAGAGGAAUCGCUCAGAGCAGCGCAGUCACGAUGACGUCUGUCAGCUCUCUCGCCGACCUCGUGGGCCGCUUAGGGUUACCCGUCCUUGCCGACCGACGGCUGCUCACCAGGCGCACUCUGAUGGCCAUGGUGUUGGCCUUAGUCGGACUGAUGUACGUCAUUAUGCCGCAGUGCUCGGGGUACGGGUCCUUGUUCGGACUGGCCGCGGCUGUCACCUUCCUGCUAGGCAGUGGCGUCGUCCUGUUUCCCGUGAUACUCGUUGACUGUGUCGGGCUCGACAGAAUCGCCGUAGCAACGGGCCUACUGACGGCCUUGUCGGCCACGUUCUCCUUCGCCAAACCAUCUCUUAUAGGGUACUUUCGAGACACGCUCGGCUCCUACGAUUUCUUGUUCGUGGCGUGCGGCUUGGUUGCCAUAGCGACGUCACUGGCGUGGGUCUUUGUCAACUUAUUCAUGUGGCGAAAGCGCAGCACGUGGACUCCAGACACAGUCCUCGGAGACAAAUCGGAACAGGCAUCAGGCAGAUUCUCCUAUUACCCCCGGCUCGUCUACAUUGGCGAUGGUCGGUACAUGGAGACGGGAAAGUCGAGGGCACCCAGCACGAUAACGGCCCUCUAUUGAAUCUAUGAACUGCGGCGAUCGACUCCUGUUGACCGUGCUCUUACUGAGACAAUGUUACACAAUGUGUCUGCAUGUGCUCGCCUCUUGCCAUCAAGGACAGAAAACAUUCCCGUCUCAACGUAUCCUGUCGUGGUGCAGUACUGAAUGAUAUGAAGUGCCAUCGCAGUGGUAAACAUCAAUUCAUCCAGAAGUGUCAAAUAUUUCAUCGCUAUUUCAUUUUGUAUGUAAAAUAAAACCAUUUCAUCUUGUAUGUAUAAAAUUGACAUCAGUAAAAUAGAUAUCGCUUAAAAAACAUUUCAACGCAAAA